UAAGCAGCCUGCAGCCAGUUACCAGUAGCUCGCGGGCUGUCGAGGAGAGCAGAUGUAUGUCAAAUUGAUGUAUGAUCCGCCCCUUCAUACUCCACUUUACAUAACUUUUCGUUGCUGCUGGACACAGUUAUCACUAUGGGGAGACACAGCAAGCUUCGUAAGUCACAGAAACUCAAAAUAGAGGCUGCUAGGAGGUCACUAGAAGCAAAAAGAAGGACGCACAGACAGGCUGACACCGUCCAACCCGUCCCGCCUGCAACGAGUGACGUAAGGAAUGAGGAUGCAGUUCCUCCCGCCCGCACCUCAAGCGCAGAGAAGCGAAAAAGACUUUCUUACAAGGAAAAAGAAGAGGAAUUGAGUGAGGAGGAGAAUCUCAUCUGCAAGAAGAGUGACAUUAGGGAAAUAGCAAAACAUGUUACGUGUAACAAGUGUAAGGAACAUGAUGUCACUUCUGAAUUUGUCCAUCAUCAGUGUGAUGUGAUCAUAAAAUUAGUGUGCUCAAAUUGCAAACAUAUUGUGUAUAACAGUGGUGACUCAGGUAAAAUGAAAUGUGGAGAUACUGGUCUGUUCAUGUUGACAGCAAUGAUUAUCUAUUUGGUCAAGUUGCUGGGGCAUGGUUAUGCUGCGGUGGAGAGGCUCUGCAGUAUCUUGAGUAUGCGUCACUUUUCCUUUGUUACGUAUGGGAAAUACACUAAAUUCAUCAACGAACAUGCUGUAGAAAAUGUAAAUGAUAUUUUGAAAAGAAGUAGGGAAGCAGUGUUUCAGUAUUAUGCUGAAAAUCUGAACAGACAUCCAGAUGAAAAUGGUAUCCUCGACAUAGAUGCCACAUACGAUGGCUCCUGGCACAAGAGAGGCUAUAAGUCAAAUUAUGGAAUUGCAGCAGUGGUUGAUGCUCACACAAACCUUAUUCUAGAUUAUGAAGCUAUGUGUAAAGUGUGCUCUGUUUGUGACGCAAAAAAGAAAAACUAGCAAAGAGGGAGAUUUCAGCUGAACAGUACGAACAAUGGAAAAUGAAUCAUGUAGCCUCUUGUUCUAAAAAUUACGAAGGCACCUCAGGAGGAAUGGAGCCUGAAGGGGCCAAAAGGAUUUGGAACAGAUCCAUAGAUUAUAAUCUGAGAUAUGUUAAUUUCAUAUCCGAUGGUGAUACCUCUACUUUUUUGGAGCUUACACAAAUGAACAAUGGUGAAGGACCAUAUGGGAUGGCUCAUCAAGUGACGAAAGAAGAGUGUGUCAAUCAUGUUCAGAAAAGACUUGAAAGAGGAGCGCACUGAGCAUGGGAAUCUUCGCUCAACUUUAGAGGCGAUUUUCUCGAAUGGGCUGUUGCAUCACACUUACAUGUAGUAUUAGGCCAAUUUGUGAUAUUCAAAAUAAAUUAGUUUAAUUAA